UCCAGUCUGACAGACUGUUUAUACAGUAAAGACAGAUGGGAACUGGAAUAAUGGAGACAGUACAAUUCCCUUCAAGAACUUCCAGAAAUUGUUACCUCUACCUUCAAAAAUUGACGAAGGACCAUUCUAGUCUUCCUGAUGUCAACUACUUUUCCUUCAUCAAUCACACUGGCAUCGAAUAAUGUGAUAAGUUGCCCAGUGGCAAUUUGUUAUCUGCCCUCAGAGGUCAUAACUACAGUUAUGAAUUAAGUAGCUUCCCACUCACCUCCCACUGCAUGACUGAAACCUAACUCUUCACUGCCUGCACUACUUGGCCAGUACUACCUGAACAGCAAGUAACCUAAAGUAGCUGGUAUGGGAAAAAACCCACACCAAUCCUAACAACAUGGUAUAAUUUCUGGUCAUGCUUUCUGGCUAAUUUUCCCAGCAUCUCAGAAUAUAUUGUUAAGUCCUUUUUCUUUGCUCCUUUAUAAAGGAAAGCAUUUGUAGUAGGAACUGCCUUGCUCUUUGUGGGUAACACUUUUUCUGUAGGUGUUUACAAAAUAUUGCACAGUGACAGAAAAUGAGGAAGUCCUGUGCAACCCUGAUAAAAAAAUAGUGUUAAUACAGUUUGCUGUAAAGCUUUCAAAACAGCAUUCAAAAAACUCUCCUAUCCGGAAGGAAACCCUGCAGGAUGUCUGUCUCCUUUCCCACCUUUCACCAGCUUUACUUGGGACCACAGAGAAGCACAAUUCCUCUAAAAUCAGAAUCUUUCCUCUAGUGAUGGGAUGAAAAGAAUCAAGUAUUAACAACAAACGUCUGGCUACAAAUGUACUGGACAGAUCAUUAUCUACAAUGGAACGUGUCUGAAUACCCAGGAGUGAAGAAUGUCCGUUUUUCUGAUGGACUGAUUUGGAAGCCAGAUAUUCUUCUCUAUAACAGUGCUGAUGAAAGAUUUGAUGCUACGUUUCACACUAAUGUUUUAGUCAAUUCUUCAGGACAUUGCCAAUAUCUGCCACCAGGCAUAUUUAAAAGCUCAUGCUACAUAGAUGUGCGCUGGUUUCCUUUUGAUGUUCAGAAGUGUAACCUGAAGUUUGGAUCCUGGACUUAUGGAGGCUGGUCCUUGGACUUACAAAUGCAAGAAGCAGAUAUAUCUGGUUAUAUUUCAAAUGGAGAGUGGGAUUUAGUAGGAGUUCCUGGGAAAAGAACUGAGAGUUUUUAUGAAUGCUGUAAAGAACCAUACCCAGAUGUAACAUUCACAGUAACUAUGAGACGUAGGACUCUCUAUUAUGGACUCAAUCUUCUUAUUCCUUGUGUACUGAUAUCAGCACUUGCUUUGUUAGUUUUUCUGCUUCCAGCAGACUCAGGAGAAAAGAUCUCACUAGGUAUAACAGUUUUAUUGUCUCUCACUGUCUUCAUGUUACUUGUGGCUGAAAUUAUGCCAGCAACAUCUGAUUCUGUGCCCUUAAUCGCUCAGUAUUUUGCCAGCACUAUGAUUAUUGUUGGUCUUUCUGUUAUUGUCACCGUUGUUGUUCUACAAUACCAUCAUCAUGAUCCAGAUGGGGGGAAAAUGCCAAAAUGGACAAGAAUCAUCCUUCUCAAUUGGUGUGCUUGGUUUCUGAGGAUGAAAAGACCAGGGGAAGACAAAGUGCGUCCUGCCUGUCAACAUAAUCAGCGCCGAGGCAGCCUAUCAAGUGUGGAGAUGAACACUCUGAGUGCCCAGCAAUCCAGUAAUGGGAAUAUGCUAUACAUUGGGUUCAGGGGGCUGGAAGGGGUUCACUGCACACCUACCACUGAUUCAGGGGUGAUCUGUGGGAGGAUGACCUGCUCACCAACAGAUGAAGAAAACCUGCUGCACAGUGGCCAUCCCUCUGAAGGUGACCCAGAUUUGGCUAAGAUCUUGGAAGAGGUCAGGUACAUUGCAAACCGAUUCAGAGACCAGGAUGAAGAGGAAGCCAUUUGUAGUGAAUGGAAGUUUGCAGCCUCUGUAGUGGAUCGGCUCUGCUUGAUGGCUUUUUCAGUCUUCACAAUCAUUUGUACAAUUGGUAUUUUAAUGUCAGCACCAAACUUUGUGGAGGCUGUGUCUAAAGAUUUUGCUUAACUCCUAACUACAAUCUGAUUCUCUGAAGUAUGAUAUGUAGCAAAUAAGAGUGGGGUUUUCUCUUU